AGAGAACAAGUCACAAGCAAUCAAUAAUACACAAAUAAAAUCAAUAUGAUGAAGUGUUUAUUUUUCUUAUGUUUGUGUUUGUUUCCCAUUUUGGUGUUUUCAUCAACUUUCACUUCCCAAAAUCCCAUCAACCUACCCAGUGAAUCUCCUGUACCUAAGCCGGUACUUGACACAAAUGGUAAAGAACUCAAUCCUAAUUCGAGUUAUGUCAUUACUUCCACUUUUUGGGGUGCCUUAGGUGGUGAUGUGUACCUAGGUGAGUCCCCAAAUUCAGAUGCCCCUUGUCCAGAUGGUGUAUUCCGUUACAAUUCCGAUGUUGGACCUAGCGGUACACCCGUUAGAUUCAUUCCUUUAUCUACAAAUAUCUUUGAAGAUCAACUACUUAACAUACAAUUCAAUAUUCCAACAGUGAAAUUGUGUGUUAGUUAUACAAUUUGGAAAGUCGGAAAUCUAAAUGCAUAUUUUAGGACGAUGUUGUUGGAGACGGGAGGAACCAUAAGGCAAGCAGAUAGCAGCUAUUUCAAGAUUGUUAAAUCAUCAAAAUUUGGUUACAACUUAUUGUAUUGCCCAUCAACUCCUUUUAUUUGUCCACUUUGCCCUGAUGAUCAGUUUUGUGCAAAAGUGGGUGUAGUUCCCCAAAAUGGAAAAAGGCGUUUGGCUCUUGUCAACGAAAAUCCUCUUGAUGUCUACUUCAAGCAAGUCUAGUGCUAGACUAUAUGUUUUAGCAGCUACUAUGUUAUGUUAUGUUGUAAAAUAAACACCUGCUAAGGUAUAUCUAUAUAUUUUAGCAUGGCUUUCUAAAUAAAUUAUCUUCUUUA